AUGCCCGCAUUCAAGCGCAUAGAUCUAUCACAAAUCCCCUCCGGUCAGCCACCUGAGGGUGUGAUGCCGAAUUUCGUUGACCCGGAGUCCAUCGGCUACAUUCCACGGAUUGGUAUCUACAUUCUCCUCCCUCUCAUGCUCAUAUUCCUCGCCCUUCGUAUUGGAACUCGGGUGAAGUUGAAUCAUGUUGGUGCGGAUGACAUUCUCGGGAACCUGCUGGGGAGACACCAGUGGGAUGUUCCCCUGUCGGAAGUGACGAACCAUUUCGUACGGACACUUACGAUCAGCCUCAUUUUUUCGAAUUUUGCCACGAUGUUAAUCAAAGUCUCGCUGUUGCUAUUCUAUCUUCGCAUCUUCAAUCCUGUCUUGUGGGCACGUGUCGCUAUCUGGGCUGGCCUGGUGGCCAGCGUGGUGUUUUAUGCCAUUAGCAACAUUGUAAUGCUCUCCGUUUGUGUUCCCCCCUCUGGCAAGACAUGGUUAGAGACGGCAGCAUCUCCAAAUUGCACUUCGGUGGAAUACAAGGUAACUCUAGCUGGAGGUUGGUUCGGGACCAUUGCGGAUUUUUUCAUCAUUGCUAUCCCAGUGCGGCUCAUAUCUACCCUGGUGGUCAACAAGCAACGCAAAGUCGGCAUCCUGGCUAUAUUUUUGACAGGAUUGCUUGCAUGUGCGGCAUCUGUCGCAGGAUUAGCACAGCGGUACAAACUGUCCUAUACUGACAUCACUUACAACGAUACAUUAAUCUUCAUCUACAACAUUAUCGAGGUUAUUAUUGCUAUCAUCUGCAGCUGCAUGCCUAUACUCGCAGCUCCACUAAGGGCUAUGGUCACGAAGAUGACCUCGUCGUGGAGCUACCUGAAGAGAACUACCAAGACACUUGUGGCGCCGAAAGAGGCCACAGGAGAACACUCCGACAAGCUUCCCAGCAUCCCUGAUGCCAAGAUCUCGGGCCUGAGAACCUUUAUCCGAAGAUUCAACCGCUCCACCUCCCAGCAAAGUACCGUCAGGAUGGACAUAUCCAACUUUUCAAAACUUGGCUCUGUUGAUGAUGAAUACCACCGGCAGUUGAAGGCAUACCAUGCGAAUGAAGCUGCUGGUAUUUCCGCACCGAGUACUCCUGGGAGCCGUGGACGGGGCAUGUAG